UGUCCCCUUCUCCCUUCUCCUUUUCCUUCUCCUCCACUCACUCACUUUCCAUCUUCUAUAUAAAACCACAUUUCUUCCUCCAUUUCUCUGUAUCCCCACAAACCCACUCCAAUGAAGGUCUCUUCCAUUGAUGACUCCCUGUUUUCCUGCAAAGGAGUUGGAUCCACCAACACCACAACCACCACUCAUUUCACUGUCAUGAAAACAUCUCUCUUCUUCGCCGGCGAUGGUUUCACUGUCUAUGAUUGCAAAGGCAAACUCGUCUUCCGAGUCGAUUCCUAUGGCCCUGAUUCUCGCUACAGAGAUGAACUCGUUCUUAUGGACCCUCAUGGUCGUUGCCUCUUCACAGUCCGCCGCAAGAGGCCGAGUUUGCAUCAACGGUGGGAAGGGUAUCUCCGGGAGAGGAUCAACGGGCAGAAACCGAUUUUCGCAGUGCGGCGGUCGUCAAUCAUUGGACGGUCGAGUUUCACGGUGGAAAUGUACGGAAAUCCUGGCGAGGAGUAUCAAAUCGAGGGGUGCUUUGGGCAGCGUUUAUGCACAGUUUUGAAUGUUAAGAAAGAGCCGGUGGCUACGAUUAGAAGGAAAGUUGAUGCUUCGACUAAUGUGUUGCUUGGAAAAGAUGUUUUUUCUCUUACUUUAAACCCUGGUUUUGAUGGGGCUUUCGCUAUGGCUUUGGUGCUUGUUCUUGAUCGGAUUAAUGGUGAAGGGGUUGAUUCUAGUGGUGACCCAGAUCGAACCUCAUAAUUGAUUUUGAGGGCUUCCUUGUUUCAUCAUCUGUUUGGUGGAGCAACAAUAAAUACACAGUUUUUGAGAAUGGAAGAAUUUUGUUAGAUUUGGAAAGAAAAAUGAAUUGAUCAUCAUAGUUUACUUGUAAUUUCUUGCAAA